AUGGGCCACCGUGGAUUCAGUGAGCGAAGUCGAGUUACCGAGAAGAAGUUUGCGUCAGAGGAAGAGAAAUAUUCUUGUACUCAAGACAUUCCAGCUCGAAGCUGCUUCGGAGAUAUGGUUCUGUUAAAUGGGACUAGAGAGCUAACUGUGGCGCGACGCUGUCGAGAUGAAUUCCGAGACGAUGUGUCCCGAAGAAUGGGCGAGCUUCUACUACGGGGAAUGACUAUGCUUGAUGCGUACUGUGAAGUUUGCAAUGGCAUCCUUAUGGAGAAUCGUGACGGUGUGCGCAAUUGUGUGACAUGUGAACUUUUUAAUGAGCGUACCAAAGAGGGGUCUCGCUUAGUAGCAGAAGUACCGGAGGAUGAGUUCCCCCUACCCUGUACAUCAAGGCCCACACCCAGGAACACUUUCCACCCACGAUGGGCGGUAAACUAUGUACAUCUCCCAACGGUUUACCGCCUCAACGUGGCUGGCAGGUGUUCCUGGGUGUCGAACAGCGAUGCACAGCGGGGAGAUUCGUCUCCUAAGCUGAGAAGGAGUUCGGCAUUUUCAUCAGGAAGCCUAGCUAAGAGUAAACCAAUACCAGGAUCCACCACCGUCUUAGUACCAAAGUCACAUGGUGGUAAAUCUCUCUCUGAUCCACAAGUGCUGCGACUACCUGUGGUGGUGACGACUUGGGUCUGA